AUGUCGAGCGCUCAAUUUAAUGCUGGACAAGCUCACGGCCAAGCUCAGGGCCAGACUGAGCAAUGGAUCGAGUCGGCUAAAAGCACCGCAAGUCAGGCCCACGACAAAGCCUGCGAUGCGGCCGGGAAGACCCAAGAGCAAGCCCAACUUAGUAAGGAGGAAACAACUGGAUUCCUUCAACAGACGGGAGAACAAAUUACUCAUUUGGCUCAAGGCGCGAUUGAUGGUGUGAAGAAUACUCUUGGGAUGGGCGAUAAGAAGUGA